CCUCCGCCUCGAUACUCAUUUCGCCGGCCAGCGAGACCAGCGAGGGUCGGGACGCCUCGCCACCGGACGGAGGCAAGUCCUCGCCGCCGGCGUACACGGGCCUCAGCCCGCCAGAGUACGCCGGGCACGAGUACGAGAGCUGCGAGACGCCGUCGCCCAUCUUCGCCAGCUACCCGCUGGCCUCGUACGCCGAGGAGACGCGCCACGGCCGGUCCAGGUCCUCCGUCUCGGAGGCGGACCGGCGCCUAGCGGCCGAGCAGCGGUUCGCCGAGUCCGACAGAGCGGAGGGCCCGCGUAGGUCCAACUCCUCGAGGGACGGCGCGUUCGAGGAGACCGCGGGCAGGUCCAGGGACGUCGCCAGGCUGCGGCCGCCGCUGACCGCCGUGGCCGGCACCUCCGCCGACUCCGGCACCGGCGACUCCGGCAGCGCCGAGAUCCAGGUGGAUCCUCUCGGCACGCCCCGCGCCAACGCCGCCGGCGAGAUCAACGACGCGGCCAGCUCGCCCGGCGAGAUCGGGAACGGCAACAAGUCCUCCUCCGUCAAGACGCCGACCGGCGGCAAGCAGACCGUCAAGCUCUUCACCAAGGAGAGCCUCGACCGCCUGGAGAACAGGACCGUGCAGCUCGUCAGGGAUUACGGGUUCCAACCGAAGAGACGCAUGUCCGUCGAGGACGGCGCGGUGCUUCCAAACAAAUACGAACCGUUCCCCACCGAACUCUACGGCAGGCCGCUCGAGGAGAUCGACAAUUUUAUUUACGACGAGACGUUUUGCGUGGUUUCCAAGAGAUUUCGUAAGAACUACAUCCACAGGUUCACAGCGACGAACAGUUGGUUCAUAUUCUCACCGUGGAAUCCUAUAAGACGGUACUGUAUCUUCCUAAGUACGAAUCAGUACUUCGAUUACAUGGUCAUGGCUACGAUAAUAUUAAAUUGUGCCUUCCUCGCCAUGACGGAAACCAUCGAGGAAGCAGAAUAUAUAUUCCUAGCUAUAUACACAGCCGAAAUGGUGAUCAAAUCGAUAGCGAAAGGAUUCGUGCUGAAUAAGUACACCUAUCUGCGGAAUCCCUGGAACUGGCUGGAUUUCGUGGUGAUCACCAGCGGAUACGCCACUAUAGGGAUGGAAGUAGGGAAUUUAGCGGGGCUGAGGACCUUCCGAGUAUUGAGGGCUCUGAAGACCGUUUCAAUUAUGCCUGGUUUAAAGACCAUCAUCAACGCGUUAUUACAUAGUUUUAAGCAGCUGGCCGAGGUGAUGACGCUCACGAUCUUUUGCCUGAUGGUGUUCGCGCUGUUCGCGUUGCAAGUCUACAUGGGCGAGCUCCGGAACAAAUGCGUGAAGAACAUCGAACUGAAUAACACGCAAAUCGACUGGAACGAGUGGACUUGGAACUCGUCCAACUGGGCAUUCGACGAAGACGAGGAGCCAAUAAUUUGCGGGAACGCGACCGGCGCCAGACACUGCAACGAGAGCUACAUCUGCCUUUGCGUUGGCCCGAAUCCAAACCACGGCUACACGAACUUCGAUAAUUUCCUAUGGUCGAUGCUCACCACGUUCCAGCUAAUUACUUUGGAUUACUGGGAAGAUGUCUACAAUAAGGUGUUGUCGGCGUGCGGACCUAUCAGCGUCUCGUUCUUCACGGUGGUCGUGUUUUUCGGCUCGUUUUACUUGAUCAAUUUGAUGCUAGCCGUCGUUGCGCUGAGUUACGAGGAAGAAGCUGAAAUUACAAACGAGGAACGAAGGAAAGAUUUAACCGACCAUCGCGAGGACUCGACGUUUAGUUUCGACCCGACAAAGAUCAACGUGAAGACACUUGCCAAAGAGAAGCAGAAAAAGUUGGACGCCAGGAAGGGCGUUCUGCUGAGUAGCUACACGCGAAAGAAGACGCGGAGAAGAAGACGCGGAAGAAGCAACGCGGGCUCCGGCUCUUCCGGCCAAGAGAAGGGCAGUGCCGUGCCGAGCAGGUCAGUGACGCCUAGCCCGAGUCCGAGUCCUCGGCACUCGAGCGUCCGGCCGUCGCACCUGCUGCUGCAGAACGUCAGCCCCAGGACAGCGGAGAACAACACGGUGCACAGGCUGGCGCCGAACCGGGGGAUGCUGCACUCGAGGCAGGCGAGCAACAACAGCAACCAGCAGUCGUCGCUGGACGACUCCGGGGUGGUGGACGACCACGACGCCGACGACGUCACGUCGGUCGAGGAGCACGACAAGCGCGACCAGCGGGAGCCCAGGGGAGAGUGGCAGGAGAAGGGGGCCAGCAACAGCAACGCGGACAUCAACGUCGAGCAGGAGCACGCCCGGGCCAGGGCCAGGCCGGACGCCGACGCGGACGUCGACGGCGAAAGCGAACGGGAGAAAUCACUGCCGACGCGCUCCGGGCACCUGCGGACGGCCACCAACGUGUCCGGCCCGCUCGCGGCCGGGACCACGCGAGAAAUCAGGGUGUUCAAGUGCAACGGCGUCAAAACGAAGAAACAGAUGUACACCCUGCCGCCAGAGUACCUGUCGCACAUCGUCAUAUUAGAUGAUCUUCCGGAUCGAAACUGCGAGAAAUGCAUACAGUGCUGCAUCGAUUACGAGGGUUGGCUGCGGUUUCAAAAUUGUCUGUACAAGGUAGGUACGAAAAAGGUAAAAGACCCGCUAUUCGAGUUGACAAUCACGUUGUGCAUCGUCCUGAACACCGGUUUCCUGGCGAUGGAGCAUCACGGGAUGAGCGAGUCGAUACGACAGGCGCUCAACAUCGGUAAUAAAGUGUUUACCAGUAUCUUCACCUUCGAAUGCUUGCUGAAGCUGUUGGCGCUGAGCAAAGACUUCUUCGCCAACGGGUGGAACAAUUUCGAUUUGAUAAUAGUGUCAGCGUCUCUGAUAGAUCUGACCUUCGAGCUGGUAGACGGCCUCUCCGUGAUACGCGGACUUAGGCUGCUCCGUGUCUUAAAGCUGGCGCAAUCCUGGACGACGAUGAAGGUGCUGCUCAGCAUAAUCAUCUCGACGAUCGGGGCCCUCGGGAAUCUGACGUUAGUCCUGGUGAUCGUGAUCUAUAUAUUCGCGGUGAUCGGCAUGCAAUUGUUCAGCAAGGACUACACGCUGGACAAGUUUUACCCGGACCCGGUGCCCCGUUGGAACUUCAACGAUUUCUUUCACUCGUUCAUGAUGAUCUUCCGCAUACUGUGCGGCGAGUGGAUCGAGCCGCUCUGGGACUGCAUGCGGGCCGAGCAGGAGGACGGGCCGGGCGCCUGCUUCGCCAUUUUCCUACCAGCGUUGGUCAUGGGCAACUUCAUGGUGCUGAACCUCUUCCUCGCGUUGCUGCUCAACAGCUUCAACUCCGAAGAGCUGAAACAGAAGAAGGAGGAGGUGGGCGAGGACUCGAAGCUCGCGAGGUCCUUCGACAGGAUCCGAUCCAUCAUCCGGAAGAACAAGUGCUCGCGGAUGGCGCAGGGCGCCGCGAAGAUCAAGGGCAAGGACCCGCGGCUGGAGAAGAUCGUGCGCCAGGUGAUGGACCGCUCGGACAGCGAGACCAAGUACGCCAUUCAGGAGACCGUGCUCAGCCUCCCGAAGGACAACGUCUACAACAGGUCCUACCAGGAGAGCUUGAAUCAGCCGGUGUUCACUUACGACCCGAUGUACGGCCACCCGCCGGACUCCAGGCAGCACAACUACGACCAAUGGGACGAGAGGGAGGAGGAGGAGGAGGAGGAGGAGGAGAAGAAGGACGAAGAGUCGCGCAGUGAGCAAUCGAACGGCUCCAAAGAGAAACACCCGGAAUCGAAGGAGGACAACGCGGACGAGUCGCAGGACACCGAACACGCCAAGUACUCGUCGCCGGGCAAGGCGCCCGCGGAGGAGAGGACCGCCAUGCUGCAGCAGGACGAGCCUCCCUCGACGCGCGAGGAGCGCGUCCCCAAACGACCUUGGCACGCGCUGGUCAGCUACGUGGACGAGCUGACGGUCGGCGGCAGGAGGGACAGCAAGGGCAAAUACUUGGACGGAAUGGGCUCGUUCCCGGGAUUCGGCAGGCACAAUCGACGGAAAGAGCCGCAAGACUGCUUCCCCCGGCAGUGUUAUCAGAAAUGCAGCUGCAUGGAUCGAUGCGUAGCGACGUCGAUCGGGAAAAAGUGGAUCAGACUCCGCACAGUAAUCCUCUCAGUGGUGGACACGCCGGCAUUCGAAUGGAUGAUAUUAGUUUUAAUUUUCGCAUCUUCCAUAACGCUCUGUUUCGAAGACAUUUACUUAGAUGACAAUCCUUUUUUGAAGAGAAUACUCUAUUGGACCAAUCUUGGCUUCUGUGCCCUUUUCAGUAUCGAGAUGCUACUCAAGUGGUUAGCUCUGGGUUUCUGCAAAUAUUUCACCAGUUUUUGGACAAUCUUGGAUUUUAUAAUCGUCUUCGUGUCAACGUUUAGUCUAUUGAUAGAGGAGAAUGAGAACUUGAAAGUGUUAAGAUCGCUGAGAACGUUGCGAGCACUGAGACCGCUGAGAGCGAUAUCGAGAUGGCAAGGCAUGAGGAUCGUAGUGAACGCGUUGAUGUAUGCGAUACCCAGUAUAUUCAACGUGCUCCUCGUCUGUCUCGUGUUCUGGCUGAUAUUUUCUAUAAUGGGCGUGCAAUUUUUCGGAGGCAAGUUUUUCAAAUGCAUCGACGAGUACGGCGAACUGUUAGACGUGUCGAUCGUAAACACGAAAGACGAUUGCCUAAGGAAAAAUUACUCUUGGGAGAAUAGUAAGAUCACGUUCGAUCACGUUGGGAUAGCUUACCUGGCUCUAUUUCAAGUAGCCACGUUCGAAGGUUGGAUGGAGGUGAUGCAGGACGCGGUGGACGCGAGGGGCGUCGACCUUCAGCCACAGAGAGAAGCGAACAUUUAUGCGUAUUUCUACUUUGUGAUAUUCAUUGUCUGCGGCUCGUUUUUUACACUGAAUCUCUUUAUCGGAGUAAUUAUAGACAACUUUAACAUGUUGAAGAAAAAGUACGAAGGUGGAGUGUUAGAAAUGUUUUUGACCGAAAGUCAAAAACACUACUACACUGCCAUGAAAAAACUCGGCCGUAAAAAGCCGCAAAAGGUGAUAAAGCGUCCGAUGAAUCAAAUCCUCGCAAUGUUUUACGACCUGUCGAACUNUUCCAGAUUCGAAAUAGCAAUUUUCAUUUUGAUAUUCCUGAAUAUGCUGACAAUGGGGAUCGAGCAUUACGAUCAACCGCAUCCGAUUUUCUUCGUCCUAGAGGUGUCCAAUGCGUUUUUCACGACCGUUUUCGGCUUAGAGGCAAUCGUCAAGAUCAUAGGACUACGUUACCAUUAUUUCACGGUCCCGUGGAAUCUGUUCGACUUCCUCCUAGUGCUGGCUUCGAUCCUAGGGAUAUUAAUGGAGGAUAUUAUGGUAGACUUCCCAGUGUCCCCGACGCUCCUGCGAGUAGUGAGAGUGUUCAGAAUCGGUAGAAUCUUAAGGCUGAUAAAGGCCGCGAAAGGCAUUCGAAAACUGCUGUUCGCUCUGGUGGUCAGUCUUCCAGCGCUGUUCAACAUCGGUGCCCUCUUAGCCCUGAUCACGUUUAUUUACGCCAUCAUCGGCAUGUCGGUUUUCGGGCACGUCAGGAAGCAAGGUGCACUCGACGACAUGGUAAAUUUUGAGACUUUUGGCAGAAGCAUGCAAUUACUGUUUCGAUUAAUGACAUCCGCCGGUUGGAACGACGUGCUGGAGUCGCUGAUGGUGCAACCACCGGAUUGCGACCCGACACCCACUAGCAGACAGUUGAACGGGAAUUGCGGAUAUCCUCUCUUGGCAAUAACUUAUUUUACCUCAUUUAUCAUAAUCAGUUACAUGAUCGUCAUCAACAUGUACAUCGCCAUUAUUCUCGAGAACUUUAAUCAGGCCCAUCAAGAGGAGGAGAUCGGCAUCGUCGAGGACGAUUUGGAGAUGUUCUACAUCCGGUGGUCCAAGUACGACCCGCAUGCGACGCAGUUCAUAAAUUUCUCGCAGUUGAGCGAUUUUAUAGCAAGCUUAGACCCGCCACUAGGAAUAUCGAAGCCCAACAUGGUCGCGUUGGUCAGCUUCAAUCUUCCUAUCGCGAAGGGUAAUAAGAUUCAUUGUCUGGACAUUCUACACGCACUUGUCAAGCACGUUCUCGGGCACGUCGAGGAGUCCGAGGACUUCCGGAAGUUACAGGAGCAAAUGGACAUUAAGUUCAAGAAGCAAUUUCCUACUCGCAAAGAGCUUGAAAUUGUUUCUUCGACACGGAUGUGGAAGCGUCAGGACAAAGCGGCCAGACUGAUUCAGCGCACCAUUAGAGAAUUCAUAGCAGCGAAAAAGGAACGCGAAAGAAUGGCCCAGGAAGUGGAUUCGCAAACGCAAACGUCUAGUCCCGGCGUUGGGAACGAGGGUAGGGGCGGGGGUGGAUGGAGUGGCAAAGUAUCGGCUUUUCUUCAUGUACAUAGAGGUAGCCGUGCCAGUAGCCGCAAGUCCUCGAGGGCCAGCGACGCCAGCGAUUUCAGCGAGCUUGGUGCCGCCUCGGCAUGGCUUUUUCCAAAUUUGCCUUUGCUGUUGCUCUCCGGCGCCACCGGUACUCACGAGGACCUGCCUCCUCCCGCUCUGACCGUAUCCCGUCCCUCACCGACCACGGAACAACAAUCGUUUGCUGGUGGCCCCGUUGCUAGUCCUACCUCCUCUGAUCUACACACCAGUAGAUCGAUCGCGGGACCGACUCUCGGCCGACAGGACGCCGUCGAAAGUUAUCCCGACGAGGAAGUACCAAGUCUUCCUACGAAGCGCAGAUCGCUCCCGCCGAGUGCCACGACGCUCUCCCUAAACACCUUGCAUCGUGACAUCAAGGAAGCAUUUAGCAGACGUUGCGGUAGCCUUCGAAAGAAACAUCAACCAGCUCCCGAACCAGCUCCGCUGCCAAUCGAAUCUACCGACGUAAGCAUACUCGUUACGGAACCCAGUCCAGAGAAUUCAGCGCCGCCUACGAGGCCAGCACUCCUUAGACGACAAUCCGCCGCCACGGUCGUUCAUGUCCUCGUGCACAGGGAGAGCGAGGAAUACCGAGACACCCAGCCCGACGACACCGUCACCAGUUGAUCUUAAAUCGUUACCGCUCGACAUCCUUCCGAAAUCAUUUCUAACGAGAGGCUGGCCUGAGACCGAUAGUUUUUUUUUAUCACCCCGCGGGGAACACCGAAAGCUUUUCCGGUUACUUCUCUCCUCUCCCCUUUUCUUUGCCAACGUCGUUCUCGCGCUGUCGAUUUCGCCCUCUGCUAAACUCCGGAGAACAAGAAUAUAUCCGAACCGGUCAACGAAUUUAAUACAACUCUUCGCUCGAACAGCUUCGUCGGCAAACCGCAGAUGUUCGGCGAACGUCGCGAGUCGACCGGUACAUCGCCGAUCUUAACGCGGUUUUUACGUAAAUCGUCGCUUUGAAAUAUCUUUUCAUAUCUUUUCAUAUCUUUGCAUACCUUUUGAUUUUCGCUUUCUUUUUAGUGGCGAGACUCUGCGGCGUUCAACCGUGAAUACCGUUCUUAGAUACUGUUUUCUAUAAUUCUUUAUAAUUCAACGUGCUAUGCGAUAAUUCUAAUGAAAUGGUAGCCUCGCACUUUCUCCAUUGCUGUUUCCAGCUACAAUCGUUACGCCGAUCAAACGCGGUCAAUUCGUUCUUUUGAACUUCGGAUUACACUUUCUCUUAGCGCAUAUGCUUAUUUUAUGAUAUUUUGUUCCUUUUCGUGUACGGUAAACGCAUAAAGGACUUUAACAAACUGUUCUUUCCAUCCGAGGUUCGGAUAUUUUUAGCGGGUCACGCGAAUCGUCACCACUCGAGGAUUCUGUUCAUCAGGAUAUUUGAUUCAUCGAGAAAAUUCAGUCGUUCUCUGGAAUUCUUGUUUAAUUUCUCACAGGAACACGGUAUUUUUACGCGAGUUUCGAGUUUCUCUACGGUGAUUUGCAAAAUUUAAUAUCAGACAGACGUGUUUUCUGUGAAUCCCUUUGCGGCGAUCAAGUUGGCUGACAUGUAAUCGUUAUGAAACUGACAAGAAACGACGUUUCUCGAAUGAUUCUCAAGUGAACGAAAAGAAAUCGGAGAAUCAAAAUGAAGCGUAAUUGUAAAAUCGCUUGAAUGUGCUGUAUCUGUUCAGAAACCAGAGUUUUCAAAUUUCUUUUACAUUAGCUUCACUUGUUACAUUACUAACGUUGCAAUGAAUAAUUAAUGGGAUUCGUGUUUAGAUAAAUGUAGAAUUACAAACACGUGUAAAGUUUCUCUCGUUGCAGAUGUGAAUAAUAUUACAAUUUCUUAAUACGCAGUAGACAUUUAAUUGCGGUAUACUUAUAGAUAAUCCAUAAAAUUAAUUUUUCCUGUGUAAACUGAGAAAUGUCGAAAAAUGAGGAUAUUCUUUUUCAAAACACUUUCAAAUUAUUAAGCACCUGUUCGAAAUUACGUCAACAUCAAACGGGCAAAGAGAAAUACAAAAUUCUAAAACGUUCGCAUUUACUUCUGAAAGGUAAUAAUGAUAAACGUAGAAUUAUGAAUUAAAUAAACUGGGCCUAUCAUUAAUUGAUCAAGUAUUAGAACGUAUUCAGAAAAGACAUUUUGUUUCUUUACCAUUUUUCAGAUAACUGUUUUACAAUAGAAGAAAUUAGCAUAUAAAAAGAUUGCUUUUAUGCUAUGCUUUAGGUCAAAAUUAACUUUUGCAUUUGAUACAGUUGCUUAUUUGUGUACGGUAUUCUUAAUGCAUAAAUUUACACGAUCAAUGUGAAGAUCCCAUUACAACAAAUGAAAAAAUUCAUCGCAUGAAAUAAAUUACAUUACCAAAUAAUUCUGAUUAUCAUUUACACUUGAUUUAACUUGUUAUCGAUACGACAGAAGAGGCUUAAAAGCAAGUUCAAUAUGAAAUACUCUAAAAUAGUAUGAUUACAUUGAUUUUAUAAUUUCUAGCAAACUCUUUGUGUAAUUUUAAUUUUCUUUACUUUAAUUCCUUAUCAAGAAAAAUAUUGUGAAUUGCUUCCAUUUUAAAUUUCUAAUCGAGUAGGAGAAACACAGAGUCCAAUUCGCAAUUACAUGACACAGAAAUGCAUUAUUCGUUAAGGCCAUCUUGUGUCUCAUUUAAAAUAAAAAAUGGAAUACGGCAGAAAAUAUUGUACAAGUACACAUUUCACUCACAGAUACGUAACUAUGAACAAAUACGAAUUAGAAAUGUAACAUGACUGGAGUAAUACGCGACUAAAAUGAAAUAAUGAUUACAAAAGGAAAAGGAGAGGGAAAAAGAACUGGAAAGGCAGGAAGACGGCAAGAGUGGGAGGGAGGGAGGAAGGGAGAGAAAGAGAGAAAGAAUGUAAUAGGUAAAGAAGGAAAGAGAAAGAGUUACAUGGAAAAAGGAACAACGAAUUUUGUAGUAAUUAGUUGGAUUUUUAUGGUAACCUUAUUGGUCCAAUACCUCUCUAUGAAUUGUGUUGUUGCCAGAGUUGAUAGUCCAUGAAAAUUGUUGCAUCGAUCAUAGUUUAAUUUAUGCGAGCAAUAUUAUUGUCCUCGUUCAAUAUGUACAUACAAAGAAUGCAUAAUACCAUUUCUGUGAAUGAAUUAAAUUUAUAUGGGAUUAUAAACCCUAUCAACAACAUGACGCAUCGAGGGCAUUGUUCAUUUCUGCUAGCAGUGCUGUCCAUGAGUGAAAGCUGUUCCGACAUUACAAUCCUCUCUUCUAUGCUGUGAAAUGUGCUUUGUUACAAAGCGCGACCCAUAACACAGCAUUAUCAAUAAUAAUGGUGUUGAUUGUACAUAAUAACGAACAAGGAAAGAAAGGGAAAAAACAAAGAAAAUAAGAGAAGAUUCAGAGCUUAUCAUGGCCAACACUGUAUUACGAUAUUUAAAUCCCAGAAAUAAGAACACAAAACUUAUUCGGUUAGACUACAAUAGAUUUUCACCUUACCUCUCUCCAUUUUCCUUUUCACAAAUACGCGUUGCCAUUAACACGCCACGACCUCUCGUCGACCUAUAGUGCCUAUUAUUAGAAAA